ACCCUUCGUGGCAGUUAAACGCGAGGCAUCGUCCGAGUUACAAGGGGAGAUGUGGAAGCCCACGGCUGCUGUGAUGCUGGUUGCGUCCUUCGCCCUCUGCUGGGGGCAGGAAGCCCAGAAUCGGACCGUUGAUGCCUUCAGGAAGUGCAAGGUAGGAAGUCCUGGGUUUGACAACUGCGUCAUGACCGGGCUCAACUCCAUCCAGAAGUUCUUCCCUACAGGACUCCCGCAGUACAACGUGGGGUCCUUUGACCCUUUCUUCGCGAAGGAGGUGACCCAGAAACGCGGCGGUCGAAACAUGAACUACCGUCUAAAGCUGAAGGAUGUGUACGAGAGAGGCUGGACCAUGUCACACGUCACCAAUUUCAGGAGUGACCUGAAAAACUACAGGAUCAAAUAUUCCCAGUUUUUCCCUGAAAAAUAUUUGCAGGGAGACUAUGAAAUAGAAGGAAGGCUUUUUGACUACCCACUGAGCAACAAGGGGAAGUUCAAUCUCUCGCUAUAUAACUACACGCAGACUACGACUGCCGCUCGACGCCGACGCUCAAGGGACGGCGAGGGGUCAGACGGCGGACCAGUGAAGGUGAAGAUCGAACAAGAUGGCAUUGGGGACAUGAAGCUGCACAUCACAAACCUGUUGCAGGGACGGACCGUCAUGGAGAACAUGCUGGAUGGCGUCAUCAAUGUUAGCUGGAGGCCCUUCUUACCUGCCGUGAAGCCUCUCAUCGAUGACUUGGUGAGCACCGCAUUCACCGAGAUGUUCAACGAUAACUUCCAGAACUUCCCGUUCCACGAGCUGUUUUCGCAGUGAAGCUGUGGGAUCUCGAUCAGGAGAUGGACCACUCCUGGCCGCAGGCUUACCUCUCUUUUAAAAGUAACUUACAUUUGUAGAUGUAGACUUUCUCUUUAAAUAAGCUCUCUAUAAAUCAUUCCUGAAGGUACCAAAGUACACGUAAACACCACCAACAGAUAGAGAUUAUAUAACUGAUUCGAUGGGUCAGCGCUGCGUUCACAAGAGGCAGUCUGUUUGUAGGAAAACUGAGAUGAAAAGUAAGUGUGCCAGUAACUGCAUGAACAAGGCCUCUUUCCAUUACCAAAGGGGGACCUCUGCAGUCUUGCAGUUCGCCCACUAAUUAUAAUUCCUUUCCCUAAACCUAAUGUAAUGAAACAACUUGGGAAAUCAAAAGUUUCAUAGAAGGAUAAUUUUAAAUUCUUUAAAAUAAAUUGUGAUACGCGAACUGGAAUGGA